ACAGAGGCAUAUCGCUUGCUAUCAGUCUAUUUGUUCAGUUACAGUGUAGGCCUUGUCGGUUAGCUACGUUUGAUAAUUGUUUUCUUGCAGUUUAAAAUCAGAAAUGGCAACUUUACCAGAACCAAUUCGUAACCCAGAGAUAAAGUACUCACAGCUGUUCAUCAACAACGAAUAUGUGAACUCGGUUAGUGGUCAGACGUUUCCCACCAUCAACCCGGUGACCGAGGAGAAAAUUGUAGACGUGCAAGAAGGCGACAAGGCCGAUGUUGACAAAGCAGUUGCAGCUGCCAAGGAAGCUUUUAAAAUGGGAUCACCAUGGCGACGAAUGGAUGCCAGUAUGAGGGGUCGACUGCUGUGGAAGUUAGCCGACUUGAUAGAAAAAGACAGGGCUUAUAUUUGUAGUUUGGAGACACUGGACAAUGGGAAAAGUUUUUCCUCUGCAUCAGGUGACCUGGAUUUUUCACUUGAGGUCAUUCGCUACUACGCUGGGUGGGCAGACAAAAUACAAGGGCGGACAAUUCCAGUCAAUGGUGAUUUUUUCUGCUAUACCAGACAUGAACCAGUUGGCAUAUGUGCAGCUAUUAUUCCAUGGAACUACCCAAUUCCGAUGUUCUCUUGGAAGUUUGCACCAUGUCUCGCAAGUGGAAGUGUGAUGAUCAUGAAACCUGCCGAGCAGACGCCUCUCACUGCCAUUUAUCUCGGUUCUCUUGUCAAGGAGGCUGGUUUCCCACCAGGUGUCUUCAACGUUAUCCCCGGUUACGGGCCGACUGCUGGCGCCGCGUUGUCAGCUCACCCGGAGAUCAACAAGGUCGCAUUCACAGGCUCCACAGAGAUUGGCCAGGUGAUAAUGGCAUCUGCUGCAGGAAGCAACAUAAAGAGAACCACACUGGAGCUUGGAGGAAAAAGUCCUAAUAUCAUCUUCGCAGACGCAGACUUGGACACAAGUGUUGCGUUUGCCCACGAGGCAGUGAUGGACAACAUGGGUCAGUGCUGCAUCGCUGGGUCCCGGACGUACGUACAGGAGGAGAUCUAUGAUGAGUUUGUCAAGAGGAGUGUCGAGAAAGCCAAACAGAGGACUGUGGGAGAUCCCUUUGAUUCAAGCACUGUCAAUGGCCCUCAGAUUGACAAUGAACAGUUCACGAAGAUUCUCGGCCUGAUUGAGUCUGGCAAACAAGAAGGAGCCACGCUGCAGUGUGGGGGGACCCGACACGGGGACAAGGGCUACUACAUCGAGCCGACAGUGUUUUCUAAUGUCGAUGACAACAUGAAAAUUGCAAAGGAAGAGAUUUUUGGCCCAGUUCAACAGAUUAUAAAGUUCAAAGACCUGGAUGACGUGAUUGAGCGAGCCAACAGGACUAUGUAUGGUCUGGGGGCGGCCAUUUUCACCAAGGAUAUCGACAAGGCUCUUACAUUUGCACACAGCAUCAAAGCCGGCACAGUGUGGGUCAACUGUUACCUGGCCGUGAAUGCGCAGGCUCCGUUUGGUGGAUUCAAGAUGUCGGGACUCGGACGAGAGCUUGGUGAAUACGGACUCCAACAGUAUCUGGAAGUCAAGAAUGUGGUGAUCAAGGUGCCCCAGAAAAACUCGUAAAGUGUCGUUGUCUUGAGAGAAAUAUAUUUCUUUUUAGUGGCUUACCCAAAAAAUCAGCAUUAUAUUCGUAUUGAUUUUAUCCCCUCCUGUAAAAUCAUUAUCUUGAUGGAUUGUUAAAAAAAAGCCAUGUUUUUUUUUUCCAUUGCUUAUCAAUGAAACAGACAUUAUAUUUCACGAUUUUUAGUCACUCUUGUAUAAUCAGGAUCUUUUUAUAAUAUAUAUAUUUUUGACUGGUUUCAAACAAGGGGUGAAAUUUACAAAACAAGGCAUCUUUUCCUUUAUGUGUAUUUUGUAUUAGUUUCACACAGGAAAUUAUGUAAUUACAAAUCAGGGUAAAGGUAAAAGAGAAUUAUUUAUUUAUGUAUAUUUUAAACUCAUUGUAAUUAUAUGGAUUGUGUUUUAACCAUGGAUUAAGGAACAUUGUUUUGCACAUAAAUGUAAAUUUACGACUUAUAUGCACAUAGUGAAUGUCUCCAAGAAAACAAUGACAAACACCAAGUAUUAAAGGCAUAUUGUCACAGACCACUGACCUAUUUAAUGGUCUAACAAAGUAUUACCUGAACAAAAAUAAUUUGAUUUGUCCCUAAAUGUACUUUAUUCAACCAUCUUCAUAACCACCAUA